UUUCCAGCUGGGCUCGCGUACAUUCCGCGGUGAGACCCGGAAACAUGGCGGUGGCGGUCUGUCGGGCCGCGCUGCAGCUGCGGCUGCUCCUUUCACCCCUGAAGCCCGGAUCCCGGCCCACGGCCGCCUUUGGCACUGCAGUGACCUCCGGCAAGGUGGCUGUGAAUGGCGUUCACCUGCAUUACCAGAGAGCUGGAGACGGGGAGCAUGCGGUCCUGCUACUUCCUGGGAUGCUGGGAAGUGGAGCAACGGAUUUUGCACCUCAACUUCAGAACCUAAGUAAGCAGCUCUUCACAGUGGUGGCCUGGGAUCCUCGAGGAUAUGGGCAUUCCAGACCCCCAGAUCGAGAUUUCCCAGAGGACUUUUUUGAAAGGGAUGCAAAAGAUGCUGUUGACUUGAUGAAGGCGCUGCAGUUCAAGCAGGUCUCCCUCCUGGGCUGGAGUGAUGGUGGCAUAACUGCGCUCAUCGCUGCUGCAAAGUACCCAUCUUACAUCCGCAAGAUGGUGAUUUGGGGAGCGAACGCCUACAUCACUGAGGAAGAUGUCAGGAUUUACCAGGGCAUCCGAGAUGUUUCUAAAUGGAGUGAAAAGACAAGAAAGCCCCUGGAGGCGCUGUAUGGCUAUGACUACUUUGCCAGAACCUGUGAGAAGUGGGUGGACGGCAUCAACCAAUUUAAGCAUCUGCCAGAUGGUAACAUCUGUCAGCACCUGCUGCCUCUGGUCCGGUGCCCCACCCUUAUUGUGCAUGGGGAGAAGGAUCCUCUGGUCCCACGUUUUCACGCUGACUUCAUUCAUAAGCAUGUGAAAGGAUCACGAUUGCAUCUGAUGCCAGAAGGAAAACAUAACUUGCAUUUACGUUUUGCAAAUGAAUUCAACAAACUGGCAGAAGAAUUCUUACAAUGAAAACAUGGGAAGACUUUGGUGUCUCAGUAGUUCUGCAUUGAAGGACUUGAUCAUGCCAUUGCCUAGUACCAGGAUGCUCCAAAACACCCUCCCUUGCUUUGUGCCUCAGUUCAGACCUGCCAGGCUUUCUACCAUCCCUACAAUAUGACUCUACUCAAGCAGGAAUAGUAGCACAUCAAAAUCAGGUUCUAGCUUUAAAAACUACAAAAAAAAUGAAUGCUGAUUUUUAAACAUUAAAUUAUGAAUAUCUAUCAUUGUCUUAAAAGUAAAUUCUUACCAUCAUUUUCAAAUAAAUUUUAUGUGAAACAUU